AGUACGGUAGAUUAUUGUAAACGGUAACCUAAGUUUCAUAAAUCUAAAACAUUAAUUUAUCCUAAUUGCUUGUAUUUAAAAAGGGUGGUUAUAGUUUUGGCACUUUCAUCGAUGAAUAUUUUCUUUCAUAAAUCAUAUGAUAUAAUAAUCGUUAUUGCAGAAUGAAUUGUGACGCAUGUUAUAGUGAUUUUAAUGUUGUAAUAAAAGUUCCCUGUUCGAUGCAGCGAUAUCUACUUUAUGAUAUCGAUUUAAUCAAACACGAUGGAUAUACGGGGAAUCGAAGUAACGAAUCAACUUAGAAGUGCUAUACGUGCAAAGUUAUUAGAGUUAGGAGUACGUUAUGACGAGGAAUUACCAGAUUAUAUUUUAGUAAUGGUAGUGAAUAAAAAGUCUCGUCAACAAAUGCACGAGGAUUUAUAUUUAUUCUUAGAAGACAGUACAACACCGUUUGUAGAUUGGCUACACGAUCAGGUUUUAAAGAAGCUUCAAAAAGUAACAGUCGCUAAGAAGAAGUCAUCGAGAGAAUUUGUGCCGACUGUUAUAGUUAAACAAGAGGAAGAAAGGAAGAAAAGGAAAACGUCUACGACAUCGUUCUUGGAAGAUCAAACGAGCGAACAGAGCGCAGAGAAGAGUCCUGUUAAAAAUAUAAAAGAUGAUAAAUCUUUGAAUAAGCAAGUAAUUGGUGGAAAGUCAAUUCCAACGAAUCAGGCUAAUUAUGUAAAUCAGGUUAAGAGCACUGAUAAAUGUUCUAAAACGACUCAUAAUGAGAAUAAAUCCAGUAACGUUCCCACGCCUACAAAUCAUCAUCAUCAGAUACAAGAAAGUAAUAAUACUAACAAGGAUAAUAAUACCGCGGAAGUUUCUAUUAAAUCUGGCGACAUUAAUAGAAAUUCAAAGACGAAUAAUAGCUCAGGAAGAAGUUUAAAGAGACCUUUAGAAUCUGGAAAUGAACAUUACGAAUCUUCGGAGAAAAAGGAUAACGAUGGGAAAUUAUCGAAAUCGUUAGAAGGAAAUGACAAUUCACCGGAGGACAACGUUAAGAAAUUGAAAUCUUUUGUGGUCUCGGUUAAGAAUCGUCUUGGCGUAGCAUCACCAAGAAAGAAAUUCGAAAUUUACAGAGAAAGGGCGGAUAACGAAGCGCGACACAAACAAUUGGACAAACGAUUUGAUAGGAAACGAUUUAAUAAUAGCCAUAACACGAAUUUUCAACGUAAUAGAAACUUUGAAAUAGAGGAACGUAAUAAGAGAAAUAGGGAGAUAGAGAUGAGACAACAAGAAGCGGAGAGAGUAAAUGAUAUAAAGAGUCGAUUGGGUACUAUUAGAAAUGAUCGAUCAAGCAAAAUGAUCGAUUUGAAGGAUAAAGGUAAUACUAAUAUGAAAUCAAAGAUACCUGAAAAAUCAACAGGUAGUGUGAAAGAUCGCCUUGGAAUUAGCAAUGCUCAUAGACCACAAAAAGCAACGACAUUAGAGACGGUAGAAUAUAAGAUUAACAAGUGCUUAGAACAAGAUCGUAAUACUUUGAUCGGCAACAAGAAUAUUAAAACUAGAUUAGGACCAUUGAAAAAUAAUUUCAAACCAGUAAAUUCUAAAAAUUAUUUGAAUCCGCUUACUCAAUCUUCCCAUGGCAGUGAAGACGACGAGGAUCAUUCUCAAGUACCUAUAGAAGCAGAAUUAAAUGACGAAGUGGACGAAGUUAAUGCUGCUCCUCUUAAAUCUCAUAUAAUAGCUGUAAAGAAAUCUACACCGCCAAAGACUGAUAAAAAAAGAAUUAAAGCCAUAGAGAAAGUUAAUAAAAAGGUAUCGAAUAAUAUGGACGAUGAAGAAAUCGAAGACGCUAAGCUUCCAAGUAAAGUUAUUGUGACUCCAAGACCAUUGAAGCCUUUGCAGCCACUACAGAAACGUGCGACACAAUCAUUGUUGCUUAGAGCAGUUGCAGAAGCCAAUCAGUCGGUCGUCAAACAGAAGAAUCCAGAGCCAUGUUUAUUGGAGAAGAAACCAGUUUUGAAGCGUCUUAGGCCAGCUCCGUCGAGGGAAUUAAGCCAAAGUUUGUCUGUACGUUUUAAUGCUAAUAAGAGGCUAGUCAUGGAGAAAAUUCAAGUUGAAUUAAAUACAACGGAUCAAGCGGAAUCGGAAACCAAACCUUAUAUACCGCACGUCACCGAUGAGCACAUGGGAGUGGUCAUGUCUUUAUUCCAAAGAAGCGAUAACAACCAAAAGUUUUUAGUUACUUUAAAUGGAUAUAAUAAUAAUCUUGCAAAAGAGAAAGCUAUUUCUGACGAUGAAGAACGCUUAGAAAUGGAGGUAAACGAGGACGAUGAAAUGGCACUUUUAACAGUGCAGAACGAAACACUUGGACAAAGUGAUUCGGAAUCAAAUGUUCUUCGAAUAACCGAGGUGGACGAUGAUGGUGACUCGAUUAUGAAAGACAUAAAUGAAGAGAACAAUGAAAAUUGUAAUACAGAAAAUGUUGAUACCGUUGAGAGUAUACCAACAAAAAGAAGAAAAUUAAGUCCGAUAAUAUAUAACAGAUCUCAUUCACCGAGUUCAAUUGAAGUAAAGUCUACAACGGUAUAUGGUAGCGUAACAACGACCAAACACAAGAGAUCAAACGUAGAGAGUGGUGUAUCUACGGUGAUCGAUAAGUCGAAAGAGAAAUGUCGAUAUUGGCCUAAUUGCACACUUGGAAACAAGUGUGCAUUCAUGCAUCCUGCCGUUAUGUGCAGUGCAUUCCCGGCGUGCAAGUUUGGAGAUAAGUGCGCGUACAAGCAUCCAAAGUGCAAGUUUGGAUUAUCCUGUACAAAAUUAGGAUGCGUAUUUUCGCAUCCCAUUCAACAAUGCAAAUAUCAUCCAUUCUGUAACAAACCUGCUUGUCCGUAUUCACAUCCGGUAGCGCAUACAGCAUUAACGCCAGAAGCUAAUACACAGAGAGCAAAGUUUACAUGGCGAAGAAGCGACUGAAGGAACACUUGCUAGAUCUUUAUAAUAGAUCUUUUAAAAGGAUUUAAUUGUACAUAUUUCAGUUCGUUCAGUAUGAUUGAAUAAGUGAACUUUGUACAGAGAAUGAGAUAAGGGAGAAAAUAAGAGAGACAGAGAGAGAAAGAAAAUAUCAGAGAAAAUAGUUAUGUUGUAAACUAAAGAAACAAAAUAUCUAAGCUGAAAAUUAAUGUUCAAGUCUUUCACGAUUAAUCUACAUUAUUAUACGUAUAUUAUAUAUAUAUAUAUAUAUAUAUAUAUUAUAUAUAUAUAUAUAGAACACAGUAUGCUAAGAAGCAAAAUUUGCAUUUGUUAAAUACACAUCGUUUUUCGAAACGCCGAUGAAAAUAUUAGGCAAUAUUGAAUUUAUUUAAUUAUUAACGAUUAAAAUAAUAUUGUCGAAGACACGUUAUCACUAUGAUACAAGAGAUAUAAUACAUAAGAAAAAAGAAAAAAGAAAAUGAAUUACCGUACAGACAUACACACAGUUGUGAAAUUUAAAUUAAUACAUAUAUAUAUAUCUACGUCGAAUUAAUUAAUCGCAGAAUUAAUCGACAGUCUCUACACCCAAUAUGACGUGUUAAAUAAAAAAAUAAUUUUCAUCGCGCACGAACGAUAUGUAAUAAUAAUAAUAAUAAUAAUAAUAAUAAUUAUAAUAAUUAUAAUAAUUAUAAUAAUAAUAAUAAUAAUAAGAAAUAUGUGAGCGAAUAAUAUUAUAACUAUAUAAAUAUUUCUUUUUUUUUUUUUUUUUUUUUCAUCGCUAAUAUAUAGUGUCAUACUUAUUACUAUUUAAAAGUUAUAUUAUUUUUUUUUCUUCUUCUUCUUCGAAUAAUAGUUUCUUAGAGUUCUAAAGUUUUUCAAAAGUCUUUGAACGUUUGAAUUACACUAAUCUUAUUAAUGAUCGUUAUUAGUUUAUAUUGCAUUGAAUAGUGAGAUGUAGGAAAUAUAGAGAGUAUAGAGAUUGAAACAAUUUACUUCUAUGUAUUUGUAUCACAUCCUAAUUAUUAUCGUGUAUAUGUGUAUAUAUAUAUAUAUAUACAUAUAUAUGCAUAGAAUUGAAAUAACUGGCACUUCAUUCCUCAGCGGACCAGAGAACAAUUGUCUUGAAAAAAAUAUGUAAAGUAUUAAAAAAUAAAUCGUACAUAUGCAAAUAAGAGAUAUAAAAA